AUGAAGCUCCUCAUCUGCUUGGUUCUCUUCAUCGCCGCCGCCCAGGCUCAUGUUGUGGCUCCCGCUGUGGCCACCUAUGCGGCUGCUCCGGCCCUGACCUACGCCGCAGCCCCAGGCCUGGCCUAUGCCGCUCCGGUGACCACCUACUCCGCCGCCUAUCCACGUGCCUACUCCGCCUACGCUCCUUCGGUCUACUCCUCCGCGUAUCUGGGAUCGCCCUCGGUCUAUUCGGCCUACGCCGCUCCCGUCACCACCUAUGCCGCUGGCCCCGCUGUGGUCUCCACCUUGCUGAAGAAGUAAGCGCUUUGGAUCGAUCAAAUGAAAUGGAAUUAUGUCAAGGAUUUGUGAAAUUAAAUGAAGUUGAAAGCUAACCCGUAA